GUGUCGAGUGAUGUUUGGCAGAGGUCAGCUCUCUCUUCUCUUCAGGUGCGAUGCCGCCUAAGGGGCGCGGGAGAAGCAAGCUACCUGUUCCUCUUCCAGGAGGCAUGAUCCUGAAGGACACCGAAGGAAAAGCCUGGAGGCUGGGCAGCCAGAUCGGCCAGGGAGGAUUCGGCUUAAUCUAUUUAGCUUCCCCUCAAACUCAUGUUCCUGUAGAAGAUGAUGCUGUGCAUGUAAUUAAAGUGGAAUACCUUGAAAAUGGCCCCUUGUUCUCUGAACUGAAAUUUUACCAGAGGGCUGCAAAACAAGAGAAUAUAAGAAAAUGGAUGACUCUCAAAAAAAUAAAAUGUUUAGGAAUUCCAGUGUUUUGGGGAUCAGGCUUGGUUGAAUACAAGGGCAAAAGCUAUAGAUUCAUGGUCAUGGAGAGACUGGGGGAAGACCUUCAGAGAAUCUUUGAAGAUUCUGGGAGUAGGUUUAAGAAGGAGACUGUUCUGCAACUUGGGGCACGAAUGUUGGACGCUUUGGAAUAUAUACAUGAAAAUGAAUACGUUCACGGUGACAUUAAAGCAGCAAAUCUGCUUUUGGGCUACACCAACCCACAUGAGGUUUAUCUUGCAGAUUAUGGACUUUCCUACAGAUAUUGUCCCAAUGGGAACCACAAACAGUAUCAAGAAAAUCCUAGGAAGGGCCAUAAUGGGACAAUAGAGUUUACCAGCUUAGAUGCCCACAAGGGAGUAGCCCCAUCUAGACGAGGUGACCUUGAAAUCCUUGGCUACUGCAUGCUGCAGUGGUUAUGUGGGAAACUGCCCUGGGAACAGAACCUGAAGGACCCUGUAGCUGUCCAGACUGCGAAAACAAAACUUAUGGAUGAGCUCCCACGAUCAGUGAUGGAAUGGGAUUCUUCUGGAAGCAAUUGUAGUGAAAUAUCCGAGUUUUUGGCAAGUGUGUAUGGUUUAGCUUAUGAUGAAAAGCCAAAGUAUCAAGCGCUAAAGAAAAUCCUGCUGCAUGGACUAGAGUCAAGUGGAACUCGCUACGAUGGCCCUCUGGAAUUCUCCACUGCAGGAGGCACCCUCAAUCACUGUGCUUCUGAAAUGUCGAAAGUUCGCUUACCAAAGCCUAAGCCAAAACCAGUUCAACAGAAGCAAAAAAGGAUGGACGGUGAAGAAUAUAUCUGUCAAAACAAAACCUGUACUGGGGUAACACGCAGACAAGUCCAAGAUGAAGAAAAGCCAACUAAAUUAAACACAACACUUCACCAAACAGAGCCUCAGCAGGUUCACGUACCAAAGCCUUCACCGAAACCACUACAACAGAAGCUAAACAAGAUUAAAGAUGACGACACUAACUGUCUAAGCAGGCCCUGUGCUUGGGUGACACGCCGACAACUCCAGGCUGAAGAGAAGCCAAUUAAAUUGAAUGACAUGAUUCAGCAGACUGAACUACAGAAGUCUGCUGAUCACUGCCUGGAGACUCCAGUACAAGGUAGGAGAGUGAAGCAGGAAAAACACAGCUGUACCUGAGAGCAUCAGGCAGUAAAGUGGUGAGCAGAACAGUUUUUGGAGAUGUUUUGACUGAUAGGUAGACAAACUAUGAAAAGUCUCUGGACUCCUGACACACAGUAGGAACUGAAGGUAGCAAUUAAGACUUUGUUUUUGCAUGAAGAUAUUCCAGUGCUACUUGAUAGUCCUCAGCUGGCAAAUUAAAAAAUUGAAAUUAAAAAAAAAAUAAAACACUUCUCUCAGCUUCUAAUCUCCUUCCUCCUAUAUACUUUCUACAAAAGCUACUUUAGUGUUAAGAGAGAGGUGGGUAUAGAAAGAGAGCCAUAUUUGGGUUUUCUACAGCCAGGUAGGAAAAAGAACUGAUAUGGUACUGUCCUCUGUUCCGCUUGAACAGCAAGCACGCAGCAUGGCUUGCAGAUCUUGACAGUGGAGAAUUACUUUGGGGAUUUGUGCUUCUGUCCUUGGGGGAAGGGAAAAAAAAAAGUACAUUUUGCAGAAAUGGGACCAAUCACUGGUCUAGUGUUUAGCUCAUAUUUGUGUUUUGAUUUUAUCUUUCUAAAAAAAAAGCCACUGUUUGAUAUAAUUAAUAAAUAAAUACAAUGACGAUGUAGAAUAGUUCUGUAGCACUCAUCCAAUAUUGUGCAUAAUAGGGGAGAAUUAAAAUGGAUGUCAGAUUAAAAUUAAAAAGAUAUUCAAAUCAGAAACUGGAGAAGGAAAAAAGGCCAAGAUGGUGUUCGUUUCGUAUUGCAGACUUCCUGUUUGUCCCUUUCCCAUAAUUUAGGGGAUCAGUACAAGAAAGAUACAAAGCAAAUUUUGGAGUACUGAGGGUAUGUACAUUAACAAGGGUAUUUCAUGCACAAAGGGGAAAAAGAAACAACGUUAAAUGUAGCAACAUUAAAGUACCAUAUUGCAUAAACAAAGGGAAAACAGAAAACAAAGUUUCACAUAUGUAGGUUGAGUACAGCCAUGACAACCAAGGAACAUUUCCUCCAAACUCUAGUGAAUGUAUGAUGUGGAAGAGAUGGAAGUCUUUUUGGUAGCGUUUUGAAAGAACAAAAGAGGAACUGCUAGAGUGCGCCUGUGACCUCACUGAAGGCAGGGUAAGCGUUAGCACAAGAGCUCUGGAGUGGUUGGGGACUGGAUAAUGCCAGCCUGAGAGAAGGAGUCAGCUGUACCUGCCCCAGUGACUAGACACUGUGCGUGUCACGUGUGCCCCAGAGAGCGAUUGCAAACGCUUCGGGUUAGGCAGUUGCCCAAAGAAGUUCACAGCAGCUGCCUCACUGCAGCUUAGACAAUUAGAGGGGAUGACCACUUUUGUUGCCAAUAAUAGAUAAUGCAGCGGAAGGACUGAACACAGAAUACAGAGAGAAAGUUGUGCUCUUCCCACCCUAUCUCUUAAAGGAAGCACAUCCAGAAAAACAUCACCCAGCUGGGACAAGGACAAGAUGAGAAGAAAGAAUUAGGAGUGGGUCUCCUUCAAGGCAGCAGGAAAGCAUUACAGUCUAGGUAUAAAAGAAAAUAAGCAUUUCUAUGCUGAAAAGGAAAUAUCUGAAUGAGAAGAGUAAGACAAGAAGAAUAGUACAAUUGUGAAAGACCUGACAGUUGGCAAAAUACAAGAGAGAAUAAGAAAGACACAGUAACAUGUAGAAAAGAAUGGAGAAACAAACAAAACAGAAAAGGAAAAAAAAACGUACAAGCUGCCUCUAUGCUGGACAUCAUAGUACCCUCUCUAUAAGGCAGUGCCCAUUUUCCAUUAGAGGAAAAUAAACUGACAAACCUGUAUGUCACUAACCUGAAAGGAAUAAAGCACUUCAAAAGACACAAAAUUCCUAUUAGAUAAAAACAAUUUAGAUCAUGAAUUUUCACCAAAAAGCUAUAUUGCCAGAGUUGAAAAUACAUGAGAUACAUAGUGUAAAUGAAAUCAUGGAAAUGAAAGCUAAAGUUAGAAAUUUGUCUACGGGUAAGUAGAAUGGU